CGAAAUAAAGAAAACAUGCAGCAGCGAUAAACCAACACAUCCGGAGCGCUCAUAAUGUCGACAUCUCAGCCUCCCCUCCGCCUUUCCUCUCACAAAUCUUUGACCUCUCGAGUCAUCUUAUCGACCCUCCUCGGCCGCGCCAUACGCAUCGACCAAAUCCGUCCCGACUCUCCCACCAACCCAGGUCUCGCCCCUCAUGAAAUCUCAUUCCUCCGUCUCCUUGAAGCACUGACAAAUGGAUCACAUAUCGAAAUCUCGUACACCGGUACGGUCCUUCUCUAUCGGCCAGGCCUAAUCACCGGUUCUGCGAGUGGAAGUGGCGCGUCGAGUUCUGGAGUCAUACGACAUGAGAUUGCCGCGAACAAUACUCGGGGGUUGAGCUACUUUCUCAUCCCUAUAUGCCUGCUGGCACCGUUCAGCAAGAGCAAAUUCAACAUACUAUUCACAGGGCAAGGCGUAAUCACGAGCGCCACGGAGAAAUGGGGCGACUUGUCCGUGGAUAGUGUGAGGACCGCGAUCUUACCCAUUUACGAAAAAUUCGGCAUCGAACGCGACAUUGAACUGAGGAUACUCAAAAGAAGUAAUCCUGGCCCACGGGGUGUGGGAGGGGUCGGCGAAGUGCAACUUUUAUUUGGGCACCAGGUUCGAUUGCCGAAGACCUUACAUUUCAUGAACCCCGGACGAGUGAAGAGGAUUCGAGGCGUGGCGUACAGUACCGGCGUGAGUGGGAACAACAAUGCGCGCAUGAUUGAAACUGCAAGAGGAGUGUUGAAUCAAUUUGUACCAGACAUCUAUAUCUUCAGCGACGUGGGCAGUGCGCAGUUCAUCACGGUGCAAGAUCGCUCAAGUCAGGGAAUUACAAAGCGGAAGGUAGGCCUUGGAUUCGGGCUGAGUCUGGUUGCGGAGAGCACGACAGGUGCGUUUUAUAGCGCAGAUGCUGUUUGUCCGCCAGAGGGUGGUAAGCCGGCAGAAGACAUCGGGCGGAUGGCGGCUUUUGAAUUGCUCGAGAGCAUCGAGAGGGGUGGCUGCGUGAGUGGUGAAGCUGUUGAGACGGUGGUCACGUUGAUGGCUAUGGGAAGUGAAGAUGUCGGAAGAGUCUGUCUCGGGCGGGAUGUACUGGCGAACGAGAGGACUGUUCAACUGGCAAGGGACCUGAAUGCUUUUGGAGCUGCAGGAUGGGGGAUUAAGGAUGCUGAGGGUGAGAAGGCAGAGGGGUUGUUGCAAGUCAGUAUCGUGGGGAGAGGAGUUGGCAAUGUGGGCAGGAAGAUUGGUUGAGGUGAUCCAACAUCAACCACCUCCAGUAGGUUCUUCACGAUAUUCAACGAAUUCUGGACAGGCAGAUCUCGAGAAAGACGGGUCACGACAAUUGUGCGAUCACUCGGAUUUUUCUCGAUGGGUAACGCUGAUGUCGAGGCUCACUUUACGAACAGCCCAGUAUCGAGAUUGGCGUCCUUGAAUUACGACUAACGAUAUGAAUUUACGAUUUCAAGGAUGACACCAGAGGCAAAACACAUCCGAGGAACCAACACGUCAACAACGCAGAUACCUGGUGUGGCACUCAUACAACGUUGACGGCGAUAUCGGCAACGCUGCCAGACUCUCGACCGAAAGGCUGUCGACAGCCAUGUUGCAAUAGCGUUUUGCACAAAGGCAGCGGUGCAGCACAAUCCGGCAUUUGAUAUGCACAAACUAGCCACCCGGCAGUUGACAGCCUAUGGCGUCCAAUGGCAUUCACAGUGUGUAUGAAAGACCGGGGCUCCGGAUUUGGUCGGAAGUCGA